AUUGAAAUAUUGAGGUUUUUGGUCGAAUAUUUCUGAGUAGAACAAUUUUUAUAUGACUGUCCUGGUUAAAUUCAAUCGAGAGGUACAUGUAGGAAAAAUAAUAAAAACUCAAAGUCUAUUCAACGUCACCAAAUCAGAAGAUAAUGGAAAGGAAUACUGGAAUAUUUGUGUAACUCCAAUUCAUUGACAAAGAAAAGAUCCGGUGAACUUGAUUAAGAACUUACUAGUUUUUAAAGUCGCGGUAUACCAUUGUAGUAAUAUUCACAAAUCAUGGAUUUAUCUAUUGUUCGUCUUGUAUUGUUGGUAAUAUACAUGUAUUUGCGACUUACAAAAGCCAUUAGUUCCGAAAGUUAUCAAGCUAAUCCCGAAUUUGACAACAAAGUGUUUGUAAAGGACCCCUUAUACAACAAGACAACGGGUUCUGUCCUAAUUUGCAGCGCACUUUGUGGUACUGGAUGCAACUGUUUCAACUUCAACCUACUGACGGGUGUGUGCCUUCUCUUUGCUUCAUGCAAUCCAUUACACAUGACUGUCCCUGAAAAUGGGUGGCGUUUUUUCUUCGAUCCUACUGUAAAACUUAAUGAAAGUGAAAAAACAGGUUUUAUCGUUUUGUUUAUGGCAAAAAAUCGAAAAACCAUGAAAGAUUUAUACAUUACAACAAAGAAAGGCGCAAUCAUGGAUAUAACGACAUCUUCACGUCUAAACCAUACCCUAAAACAACAGAUAGACAGACGUAUAACUAUUUCAUCUAGCCAUCAUAUUACUAUUCCAUCUGCAAUCAAACUGAAAAGCUUUGAGAAAGAAGUAAAGUCAAUACUCCUCGAAACGUUUGACAAUGCGUUUUGCGUAAUCUUUGACUAUCAUCUCUAUUCUUCCGGAGGGACUGCAAUUGUUCCUCUACAUAAACUGUCAACCAAAUAUGUUGUUAUAUCGACAGAGCCAUCGCGAUCCAACUAUAAGAGUCAGUUUGCUUUCGCUUCUAUUCAAAACAACACGUCAAUUUCAAUAACUUUUAAGAUGAAACGAAACAUUUCUUUGUAUAUCAACGAACACUCAUUUUUGAAUGGCGAUGUAUACAAUUUAACUCUUGAUCGAUUUGAAACAUAUCAAAUUUCCCAUGAAACAGAUUUGACAGGAACAGUUAUUGAAUCAUAUGCACCUAUCGCUGUUUUUUCGGGAAAUAUCUGUAAUAGGCUUGAAAACAGAGGUGCCUGUGAUCAUCUUAUUCAACAAUUAAUUCCGAAUAGAGACUUAGACAAAACAUACAUAGUACCCCCAAAUUCAAACAAUCGACGCACGAAAAUUCGUAUAACAGCGACAGAAAACAGCACCAUAUCGUACACGAUUGACGGAGUAACUCGGACAGUAACAGUGAAUAAAUUGGAUUCGUUCGACACUAUAAUAUCCAGUAUACAAGCAUGUGUGAUUGAAUCAAACACACCCAUAACUGUCACAAGUUUUGGUUUACGGUCUAGCAGUUCUAGAAUGGGUGAUCCUUCCAUGACGGCUGUGUCGGGGAUAAAUCAAUACAUUGAUUACUACAAAACAGUGGUACCAUCCGGUUUCAGUUUUAACUAUGUAACUAUUUUGAUGAAGCAAUCCUUAAAGAACUCGAUCCGCAUUAAUGGCAGUUUAAUAAAUGAAACUAAUAUUGUAUAUGAAGAAAAUGUACCAGUCAGAAAUGUCACAUACAGCGUGCGGUCUGUUAAAGUACCGGAGGGUGUGCUUACUGUGUAUACAGUUGAUGGGGGAAAAUUUGGACUCGUGUUUUCGGGAUGUAAAACUGAUGCAGCGUAUAGUUUUUCUGCAAUACUGCUGUAAAACCUCAACCGUACAAUCUAAACCAAGCUGAGUCCGUAUGAAUCAUCACCGGAGUAGGGACAGGUAUUUUGAAGAUUCUUUUUUUUUUUGCGAUUGUUGUUGUGUAACAAAUAUAAUAUUUAGAGAAAUUUAGUACUUCAUAUAAUGUAUUCUUUUGAAUGAAAUUUCAUUGUCAUGUCAUGCAUGUUUAUUGAAUUCUUAACCCAUCUUUUUAUUCAAUAUGUAUAUUGAUUAUGAACAUUUGUUCAUUUGGCGAUCCAUCAACGAGGGUUGUGCCGUUGAUAAAUCAAUAUAUUGAUAAUUACAAAACGAUGGUACCAUA